CUGCGGCCCGGCCGCCUGCGCCUCGCGGCGCGGCCGCACCGCCGCCUGGGGCCCACCGGGAAGGAGGUGCAUGAUAUGAAGAGGCUGCGCGAGGCCGCCAAUACCAAUGACAUAGACACGGCCCAGCAGCUGCUAGAUGACGGGGUGGAUCCGCGCGCCAUAGAUGACAAAGGCCGCACCGCCCUCCACUUCGCGGCCUGCAGCGGCAGCGACCAGAUCGUGCAGCUGCUGCUCGACCACGGGGCCGACCCGGACCACCGGGACGGGCUGGGCAACACGGCCCUGCACCUGGCCGCCUGCACCAAUCACGUGCCCGUCAUCACCACGCUCCUGCGCAGGGGGGCGCGCGUAGACGUCCUGGAUCGCGCCGGCAGGACCCCCCUGCACCUGGCCAAGUCCAAGCUGAACAUCCUGCAGGAGGGGCACCCCCAGUGCCUGGAAGCCGUCCGGAUGGAGGUGAAGCAGAUCAUCCAGAUGCUCAAGGAGUACCUGGAGCGCCUGGGCCAGCACGAGCAGCGCCUCCGGCUGGAUGACCUCUGCAACCGGCUCCAGAUGACCAGCACCAAAGAGCAGGUAGAUGAGGUGACAGACCUCCUGGCUGGCUUCACCUCCCUCAGACUGCAGAUGCAGAAGCUGGGGAAGCGGUGACUGCCAGCCCAGGC